AGCUCUUGGGUUACUUAAAAGAGUUCAUAUGAUUCCAGAGUCCUGAGUAGUGUAGGAUCUUGGAAAAUAAGAGUUGUCCUCUGUGAAGGUGAACUCACAUAAAUCCAGUCAGAGAGAAUUCUACCUGGUUAGGAGCCCGUUUUUGCAUUCUCUGUGUGGUUGAGAUCUUAGUGUGAACUGAGAAGCUUCAUAGGGCAGUUUAAGCUGUCAGAAAUACUGUCCCUACUCAUGCACAAAACUGUCUCCCAAAGAGUUGUUCAAGGUACUUUAUACCAAAAAAAACAAAAAGAUAAUGGAAAAUAGCACAACCUUACUGAAUUGGACAAAAGAGAGCAAAGAAAAAAUAAAAUAUGACUUUUCCUGUGAGCUCUACAGAAUGUCCACCUACUCGGCUUUCCCCGCUGGGGUUCCUGUCUCGGAAAGGAGCCUGGCUCGCGCUGGCUUUUAUUACACGGGUGUCAAUGACAAGGUCAAGUGCUUCUGCUGCGGCCUGAUGCUGGACAACUGGAAACAAGGGGACAGCCCUGUUGAAAAACACAGACAGCUGUACCCCAGCUGCAGCUUUGUUCAGACCCUGCUUCCAUCUGGUCUGCAGUGCCCGCCUAAGGUCACAGCCCCUGUGAGAAGCGGGUUUGUACGUUCCUUACCUCUGGAGCAAGGAGGAAGUUAUUCCAGCUCGUCCUCAAACCCUCUUCACUCCAGAGCAGUGGAAGACUGCCCGUCCAGGACGAGUCCCUGCAGCUAUGCCAUGACUACCGAAGAGGCCAGAUUUCUUACUUACAGUGCGUGGCCUUUAAGCUUUCUGUCACCAGCAGAGCUGGCCAGAGCCGGCUUCUAUUACAUAGGACCUGGAGACCGGGUGGCUUGCUUUGCCUGUGGUGGGAAGCUUAGUAACUGGGAACCGAAGGAUGACGCUAUGUCAGAGCACCGGAGACAUUUUCCCAACUGUCCAUUUCUGGAAAAUUCUUCAGAAACACAGAGGUUUAGUGUAUCAAAUCUGAGCAUGCAGACUCACACUGCUCGAAUGAGGACGUUUUUGUACUGGCCGUCUAGUGUUCCUGUCCAGCCUGAGCAGCUGGCAAGCGCUGGAUUCUACUAUAUGGAUCGCAACGAUGAUGUCAAAUGCUUUUGUUGUGAUGGUGGCUUGAGGUGUUGGGAAUCUGGAGAUGACCCCUGGGUAGAACAUGCCAAAUGGUUUCCAAGGUGUGAGUUCUUGAUACGGAUGAAAGGGCAGGAGUUUGUUGAUGAGAUUCAAGCUAGAUAUCCUCAUCUCCUUGAACAGCUGUUGUCCACUUCAGACACCCCAGGAGAAGAAAAUGACCCUCCAAUUGUGCAUUUUGGACCUGGCGAAAGUUCAGAAGAUGCGGUCAUGAUGAACACGCCUGUGGUUAAGGCAGCUCUGGAAAUGGGCUUCAGUAGGAGUCUGGUAAGAGAGACGGUUCAGCAGCAAAUUCUGGCCACCGGUGAGAACUACAGGACCGUCAGCGAUAUUGUCUCAGCGCUUGUUAGUGCUGAAGGCGAAAAAAGAGAAGAGAAGGACAGACAGACUGAAGAAACAGCAUCAGGUGACUUGCAAUUAAUUCGGAAGAAUAGAAUGGCCCUCUUUCAGCAGCUGACAUGUGUCCUUCCGAUCUUGGACAACCUUCUUGAGGCCAGUAUAAUUACUAAGCAGGAACAUGAUAUUAUCAGACAGAAAACACAGAUACCCUUACAAGCAAGAGAACUGAUUGACACCAUUUUAGUCAAAGGAAAUGCUGCAGCCAACAUCUUCAAAACCUGUCUGAAGGAAAUCGACUCCACAUUAUAUGAGAACUUAUUUGUGGAAAAGAAUAUGAAGUAUAUUCCAGCAGAAGAUGUCUCAGGCUUGUCAUUGGAAGAGCAGUUGCGGAGAUUGCAAGAAGAACGAACUUGCAAAGUGUGCAUGGACAGAGAGGUUUCUAUUGUGUUCAUUCCUUGUGGUCAUCUGGUAGUCUGUCAGGAAUGUGCCCCUUCCUUGAGAAAGUGCCCCAUCUGCAGGGGUACUAUCAAGGGGACUGUGCGUACAUUUCUCUCAUAAAUGAAGAGUGGUUCUAAAGUAUUGCUGGGUACCGGAAGCCGUCUGAACAAAGAGUGAAUUACCGAUUCAGCUAGUACACUCAUGUUUGCUCUUCUUCAGAAUUAAUAAUCUUGCUUCGUGAAAGGUAGUGUUGUAUAUGUAAUCUUAAUCUGUGUAGCUGCAAGGGAAGUUCCUCUGCUGAUAAGCUAUGGAAGGAGUGGGUGCUUCUGGGUUUCACUCAGGAGUUUCUGGGCUUGGAGUUUAUGAAAGCUUUAGAUUUGGGUGACGUGGAGCUCAGGAAUCCUGGAAACCAGUAGCCCUGGCCCUCAGCGGAUAGGGUGCCCCAUUCUUUUUGGUGUUUUUCCCUCUGGAAAAUAAGGAUUUUUCUGUUACUUGGUAAAUAAGAUUUCCCCCUAUUUGUGAGAAACAUACUAAUAAAGUGGUUUUAAAGGCUUGUAUCA